AUGGUGAAACAUUUAUCUCGUAUAGCAUCGGAUCAUUGUACCAUUUUACUAGAGAUUUUCAAACCUGUAGUGGUUAACAACAAAGAAAUUCGUUAUGAAGAAGUAUGGGCAACUUACCUUGGAGCAGAGGCAAUUGUGAAGAAAUCUUGGAGCAAAUAUGUUGGGAUGGAUCCGGCAUCUUCUCUUAAUGUUAAAUUUAAAAGAACUUUGAGAUCACUUUUCUUCUGGAGCAAAGCCAAGUUCAAAAACCUUAUAUUUCUUUGGGACAAGUUGAAGGAAGAGAUACAGGAAGUUCAACUGGAAGAGGGUGAAGUUGGGAUUUCUUUUGAGAAGCUUCAGAUUUUGAGAUUCAAAAUCAAUGAGCUUAAUAUCACUCUUGCACGACUUAAUACAUGGUGGAAGCAAAGAGCUAAAGCAAGGAAAAAUACCAACUGGAUUAGUCACAUUAAGACUAAUAACUGUAGUUUAACGGAGGAUGGAUAUGAAAUCCAGAAAGUGUUUUUUGAGUUUUUCAAACUUAAAUGGAAACAUAGGCAUUGUAUGUUGGAGGGCUGGCCUAAAACUUCAGUUAUCAUCAAUGAGAAGGAUCAAUAUGUGUUGGAAGCAGAGUUCACUAAGGAGGAGCUUCAAAGUAUAAUUGAAAAAUCUGGAAGCAAUAUUGCUCCUGGGUUGGACGGAAUAACAUUUUCAUUCUUGAAGAAUUUCUGGAAACUGAUAGCUGAUGAUGUUUGGAUAGCAGUAAGCCAAUUCAUGUCUUCUGGAGAAUUGCACAUGUCAUGGAAAGAAACUCUUAUAGUCUUGAUUCCGAAGACUCAAAAUCCUCAAGAGGUAACCAAUUAUCAGCCUAUUAGCUUUUGCUUGACCAUUUAUAAAGUUAUUGCAAAAAAGCUCUUGAGUAGAUUAGAGAUGGUGAUUCACAAAUUAAUCUCGGCGGACCAAGCUGCUUUCAUCAAAGGGCGUUCUUUGUCUGAUCAUGUUCUUUUGGCACAAGAAGUUUUCAAUAAAUUCUGUUAUUCUAAAGCUAGGAAAGGACUUUUGGCAAUCAAACUUGACAUGGAACAAGCAUAUGAUAGUAUGGGUUGGGAAGCUUUGAGGCAAGUGCUCUCUCACUUUAACUUUCCUAGUAAGUUUAAGGAGCUUAUUUUACAGUGCAUCUUAGAUCCCAAAUAUUGUUUCUUGAUCAAUGGAAGGAAGACUAAUUUGAUUGAAGGAAAUGUGGAUUUAGACAAGGCUACCCUUUAUGCCCUUAUUUGUUUAUUCUAUGCUCUCAAGUCCUAUCUGAUGCACUAUAUGGUAGGAAAGGGGAUGUAA